AUGUUGAAAAAAUUUAUACAUCGCUUCAUCAUCGCGACCCUGGAGAUCCACAACCUGAACAUUGGAGUGGCGUUGGUAGCCCUGACCACAGCCUUUCAGUCAGGGAGUUUCCUGUACUCCUUAAAGAAGAAGCCACCACCUGAUAUGGGAGAACUGAUGGCUAGAGCACAUAAAUAUGUCAACCUGGAGGAGAUGAUGGAUAUAAGAGGAAAUCAGAUUGAGUUGAAAAGAAAGGGGAGUAGAGAGAUCGGGGAAUCUCAAGAACACAAGCUCAGCACGUCGCAGGACAAUCUCCACGCAGUCUGGUAUACUCCAUCGGUAGUUAGCUCUUCUGGUUCUUCCCGCUCUUCAUAUCCUAGUACGCCGGCCUCUUCUAGCUUCAAAGGCCAUUCAGAGCCGCCACAACAUUCUCCAUCACAAGUGUCUCCUGCUGAAGUGCCAGCAUAAUUGUUUUUUUGAAAGACAAAGAGUGUUGAUGAGUUACGAAAGCUCCUGUCUGAUAAAGAUGCAUACAAUCAAUUCCUACUGUCCCUUGAUCAAGUCAAAACUCAAAAUAAUCUAAGGGAUGAACUUCGGAAGGAAACACUGCAGCUUACAAGGGAGAAUUUAGAAAAGGAGCCUCGCAUAAUGGAGCUGAGAAAUCAGUGCAGAAUCAUCCGUACAACAGAGCUGGCUGCUGCUCAAGAGAAAUUAAAUGAACUAGAGAAGAGAAAAGAAGAAAUUUUGAAGUUCCAUUCCCCUGCCUCAUUGCUUAGAAGAUUGCAAGAGGCUAUGAAUCAAACAGAGGAAGAGUCUGAAAGCUUGCAUAAGCAGCUUCUUGACCGGGAGAUGGAGCUUGGGGCUUUUGUACAGAAAUACAAGAGGCAGCGCACAACUUAUCAGAGACGGGCACUCACCUAUAUUUCAGCAAAGACAUCAAUUGGAUGAUCCCCGCAAAAUAAGAUGUAUAUUGAGUUAUGAAAUGAUUUUCUUGCUUUAGCGACUUAUAUUGUUAUAAUUUGGAUGCAAUUAGGAACUGUUUUGUAUUAUUGUUGUGAUAUAAUGAUUCGUUGUUCAUAAGUGAACCCUCAUGUGCUCACCAAA